AAAGCAGAAAACUUCCAUCAUAAACAUCUCUAUACUAUACUUAUAUUAUAUCAUAUUAUAAUAUUACUACAUUCAUCGCCAAUAGAAAAACCAAAUAGGUACACUCUAUUAGAUAAUUCAUAAUUCAUAAUUCAUAAUUCACAUUUUACUCAUUUUGCUCAUAUAGUUAAAAAUGCCAUUGAAUAGAAAUAUUCUAAACAACCAACAAAAUUCCCCAGUUAAUUCUACAGAGUUUGCAAUCAAAAACAGACAAAACAAUUUAACUCUCCUACCUGUAUUGCCUGCUAUUUCAAACACCCAACUAAAUCCUCAAAUUAAUAACACCAAUACCAACACCAACAACCAAAAAAUAUCCAGCUUUCCCAACAAAAACAUCCAAAGCUACUAUUCAAUUCCAUCGCAACAGCAAAAUCAACCUCAUCGGCUCCACCAGACCCAACCUCUGCAGACCCAACCCCUCCAAUCCCAGCCUCUUCUAUCCAACAAUAAUCCCGCCGAAAUUAACCUUGAAAUCAAUAAUACCUCUUCAAUCAAUAAAACAAGAAAUAGUACCCAAUUCCAAUCUUCUUUACCGCCAUUAAAUUCCUUUUCUGGCGUUUUUCCUCCUUCCUCAAAUCAUCCUCAAUCCUUUAAUUUCAUCCAGCAUCCCCAACAUCAGAUUCAAAACCAAUCUCAGCUUCAACCUCAAAACCAGUUACAGCCACAUCAACAGCAACAAAAAAAACCCCGUUACCAACCGAUCCAACCUAAUACUUCUCGCAAUAAUCAAAACAAUCAACCCUUCCAACCUCAACUUCAGCAAUUUGCUCCCAAUAUUCCCCAAAGACACGAAGUUCAUAUCCCAUUUAACAACAAUACUCUUCUAAACCCUCAAAAUCAACAACAACAACCCCAUAUUGAACCCCAUAUCGACUCAAAUAAUUUCAACUCUCAUUUCAACUCUCAAAACAAAUCUCAAUCAAAAUUCAAAGAUAAUCAAAAUACAAUCAUAAACGAUAAUUCCAAUAAUACCCAAAAUAAAUUCAAUUUUAAAUUUCACAACCCAAAAAAUUAUAACCAAAAAAUCUUAUCCUCUAAUGACCCCAAUAAUUCUAAUGACUCUAAUAUCUCAAAUAAUUCAAAUGACCCUAAUAACUCCAAUGGCACAUAUCAGAAUACUAAUAUAAAUACAAAUCAGAAAAAUAUAUCAAAAAAUCAAAAAAAAUAUAUAGAAAAUGCUCGUAUUUCCACUCAAUUAUCAAUCAAUUCUCUAAAUAAUCCAGUAAACAUUCAUACCAUUGAUAAUACCCCUCCACAUUCUUUGCAUUCCUCAAAUCAUUCAUAUAAAAAAAAUCAAUCAAUCAACCAUGACUAUAAUAAUAAUAAUAAUAAUAAUAAUAAUAAUAAUAAUAACACUGCUAAACAAUUUUCUAUAGCCAGUCUAAAUAAUCCAAUCAAUUCCACCAUCGAUUCAGAUAUGAAAAAAAAUAACUUGAAUCCAAUAACUAAUAAUGAAUACAUCUCAGAAAUCAACACUAAUAACGAUGUAUCCAAAGAUGUUACCCCCAUCCCAAUUCCCAUUUCUAUUGCAAAUACCUCAGCUGCAGAGAACUUUGUUAAAAUCUGCCCAUAUCCUAAUGCUGGUGAUGAUCCUCAUUCAAAUUGCGGCCUCAGACAGAAAGAUGCUAUUACCACUUUAACAAACUUAGUUAACACAAACCAUGCACAGCAAAAUGAAAAUUUCAACUUAACUCUAUCGUCCUUAACAACAAGUUUAAACAACUUUGUUAACCAAUUUGACCAAAAAUUAAAUUCCAUCCAAAAUGAUAUUUAUCAUUUUAAAGCUAGCGUCACUAACAAUAACUCCAUAAAUGACGCUCACCAACAAACUACUUCUGUCUUUACCUCGUCAAAUGGUGAUGUUUAUAGCAACAUUAUCAUUGAUACAGAUACUCCAGAGACAAUUUCAACUGAUACACCAGAAAAGGUUUUUAAAACUAGUUUGGAAAAUCUUUCAAAUGCUCCAAGUUCAUCAAAAACUUUCAACUUUCCUAAACCUCUCAAAGAUAAAUUUGGAAAAUCUUUAAAACCUCUGGGAUCCGUUAAACCUGUAAAUAAUGGCAAAAAUGUUAAGUUCACUAAUUUUGAGAAAUUACAUACUGAUUAUGAUGGAAGAUUUGUCGAUAUCACCAAAUUCAUGAUCCAAAACGAAAUAAUGACUUCAUGUAGAAAAAUCAAUGAAUUUAAAGAUAAAUAUCGGUAUUAUUCCACGUUAUAUUCUAAAAUUUGCCACGCUGCUGACAAUGGAAACAGACAUAAAGAUAUAGAAGAUUUAACCAUUAAUAAUGAUAAUGAUAAUCAUAGCGAUGAUAAUACUAAUUAUAGUGAUAAUAAUAAUCAUAAUAAUCAUAAUAACGAUAACGAUAAUAAUGAUGAAGAUGACGAUAAUGAUAAUGGUUUUGGAUCUAAAAUUGAUUCAAAACUUUACGGUAAGAUGCCCGAUAACUUUAUGAAUGAAGAGAUAUAUGAUAUUAAACAAAUCGAUGAAUUAAAGGAUAAAGUUAAUGAUUUAACGAAAAUUAUUAAUUAUAAUUUAGUGUUAAAAAGAAUUAAACACAACAAGUUUGGAAAUUUGAAAAAGGAUAAAAAUUUUGUUUCAAAAUUUAGUGGGAAAGUUAAUGAUGAGAAUUUUUUUAGCAAAUAUAGUAAAUAUUUUGAUUUUCCAGAAAACUUCAUUAGAAAUUCUAGUGAUAUUAUGAAAAUUAAAUUAGAGCAUGGUGAUGUUAUCGACGAAGAAAAUGAUUUAAAAAAUAACAAUCAAAUUGAAAACUCAAUUGAAAAAGUGGGAGAAAUGAAUGAAGGCAAUAAAACUCGAACUGAAAUUGAAAUUGAAAGUGAAAGUGAAGGUGAAGGUGAAGACUCUAAAGAUCAUUCUAAAAUGAUCGAUGUAGAUGAGAAUGACAAUGACGCUCUGAAUACUAUUAUUAAUGUUGAAGAAAAAGAUGAUAUUCAAAAAGAUAAAAAGAAAAAAAGUAACAAAACCAAAGAAAAUUGUGAAAGUGCUGUUCUUGAGGAAAAUAAAAAAGAUGAUAAAGACAAUGAAGGUGCUGAUAACAUGAAUAAUAAACAUAGUAAUAAUGAAUUGGAGAAAAAUAGUGAAAGCAAUAAUAGCGAUGAGCAGAAUGAUAAUGAUCAAAAUGGUGACAGCAAAAAAGAGUGUGAUAAAAAAAAUAAAGAAAGCACUAAUGAAAACAAUGAUAACUGUGAUGAACCUGAUAAAAAUAAUAACAACAACAAUGAUGGUAUUAAAAUCAUAAGUGCAAAUAUUAUUAAACAACCGUUAAGACUGGUUAUCAGCAAAAAUAAUAAAAAUAUAAAAAGCAAUAAAAACAAUAAAAAAAACAGUAAUAAUAAAAAUAAUAGCAAUUUUCGAAUGCUUAAGAAUAAUGCAAGCUGUUUACAAAGUACUUUUUUCAAUACUAGUAAACAUUUUUAUGAUUCUGUUUAUUUAUAUCGCCUUGAUAAAUAUAAGAAAGAAAACGGGAUGUGUUCGAUUAUUCCUCCAAUGUUAAUUGAAAAGGAUAAGAGAACCAACCCAAUUAUUUUCAAUCAUAGAAGUGAGUCGCCUGUUAGUGAUGUUGGAUCCGAGCAUGAACCCGAAGUGGAAGUUAAGUUAGAAGCUAAAACUAGAGGUAAAGAUAAAGAAAAACCUUUAGGUACUGAGAGCAAAAGAGGAAGAAGAAAUAUUAAUUAUCCGGUUAAUUAUAUUGAAAAACUGAAUGACUAUGAAGAAGAAGUUAAUAAAAACAAUAAAAGACUAAGGUCUAAAACAAAAAACAUAAAGAGACAUCGAUAUCAAGAAGAAUAUGAGGAGGAAGAGGAAAACAAUGACGACGAUAAUGAAGAUGAAGAUGAAGAUGCAAAGCAAAUACAAAGUGCCCCCAAGAAAAAAAAAACGAACAAUCCAGAACCCAUUUAUUCUUUCACUAAAAACCUUACAACAGUUUCGGAAAUUGUUGAAGAAUAUUUAUCAGGACUUAACGGCAAUCCGUCGAUCAAAGAACUAGAAACGAAGUUUGGCUCCAAGUGGAGAGGUGGAUCAAAGCAUUCAGUGAGCAAACAGUUUGGAAGAAGAAAACAACUCUAUUUGGCAGUGGAAAAUGGGCUAAAGAAAGGAUUGGAGUUGAAUGAGAUUGUCAACAAGCUCGAGAAUUCGCGAAGUUUUUUCAACCAAACCAAUAACACAUACUACAAGAAGAGCAUAAACUGGUUGCAGAACAAUAUUCCGCAGGAUUUGCUAUGAAGUGCUAAAACCAAGCUGGUGAGCACACAAUGUCGUUUUGUAUAUAGUUUUAGAAAGUUAAGUCUGGCAAACCUGUCAAGUCGUCAAAAUCCCAAUCGGGCGCAUGCAUGUACAGACAUAUAUAUUUACAUACACGCAAAUACACGCAGAAAAAAGCUUUACCGC